AUGGUCAAGUGGGUCUCGAACCUCACGAAGGAGUCCGUCGUGGACAUCCAAGGACUCGUCAUGGCCCCCGAGAGCGGUAAGGUGGAGUCGUGCACGCAGCAGGACGUCGAGCUCGUCGCGCAGUCGAUCUAUUGCGUCUCUCGGUCGGAGCCGAGGUUGCCGUUCGAGAUCGACGACGCGUCCCGCCCGGAGACGGACUUCGACAAGGAGGACACCACGUACGUCCGAGUGGGCCAGGACACGCGGUUGAACCACCGCGUGAUCGACCUCAGGACCCCCGCGAACCAGGCCAUCUUCCGCAUCCAAUCCGCCGUGUGCGAACUCUUCCGCGACGCGCUGCGAGCGCAGGAUUUCGUCGAGAUUCACACCCCGAAGCUCAUCGGAGGCGCGUCGGAGGGCGGCGCGAGCGUGUUCAAGCUCGACUACAUGGGCCAGCCCGCGUGCCUCGCGCAGUCCCCGCAGCUGUACAAGCAGAUGGCGGUGGAGUCGGACCUGGAGCGGGUGUUCGAGAUUGGUCCCGUGUUUCGCGCUGAAAAUUCCAACACCCACCGCCACCUGUGCGAGUUCACCGGACUGGACAUGGAGAUGGCCAUCAAGGAGCACUACUUCGAGGUGCUCGACGUCUUGGACAACCUGUUCCUGCACAUGUUCGACGGCCUGAACGAACGGUUCAAACACGAGCUCCAAGUCGUGUCCCAGCAGUUCCCGUAUGAGCCCCUCAAGUACCUUCGACCGACGCUUCGCUUGGAGUUUCCGCAAGGUAUCGCGAUGUUGAAAGAGGCCGGCGUCGAGGGCGUGGACCCGCUCGGGGACCUCAGCACCGAGCACGAGCGCAUCCUCGGGCAGCUCGUCAAGGAAAAGUACGACACCGACUUUUACAUGCUCACCAAGUACCCCGCCGCGGCGAGGCCGUUUUACACGAUGCCGGACCCGGCCGACCCGGAUUACUCCAACUCCUACGACAUCUUCAUCCGCGGCGAGGAGAUCAUCUCCGGCGCGCAGCGCAUCCACGACCCGGCGUUGCUCACCAAGCGGGCGGUGGAGUGCGGCAUCGAGGUGGACACGAUCCAGGCGUACAUCGACGCGUUCAAGUACGGCGCGUUGCCGCACGGCGGGUGCGGCGUCGGGCUCGAGCGAGUCGUGAUGCUGUUUUUAAACCUGGGGAACAUCCGCAAGACGAGCAUGUUCCCCCGCGACCCGAGGAGGCUGGCGCCUUGA